GCAGCAUGGCUCCGCGGGUCUGGGUCCGCAUGGAGCUCUUCGAGCAUUUUGCUCUGCCAUUCGCCCCGCGCUGCUUGGCGCAGCUGACGUCCGCUAGCAUCUGCGCGGUCGUCGGCGCCUUGCACGCGCUCGAGCUCCCGCCGGCGCCAGCCUUGGGCUCCGUCGCCCGACCGAUCCCGUCGCCACGGUACGAAGCGUGGCAGCAGAUCGCGACCGAGGUUCUGCAAUGGAAGGAGCUCGAAUGUCGCUCGUUUUGGCUCGUCUUGACAACGGCCCACCGCCACAUCCGAGUGCCCAGCGAGGACGGCGAAGCGUACGAUGCAUCGGCCCUCGCCGACGAAGACUACUACACGAAGGAGUCCAUCCCGCUCUUCAAGCUCGUCAUCUAUCUGUACCUCCACUUGGAGAAGCCAUCGAAAGCCAAGCCCAAGACGGCCUUUAGCGCCGUGUGGCACCACGACGAAGGCACGCCGCCGCCAAGUCCGCGCACGACGCCCAACUCGCCCGGCCCCGCGUCGCCGCACACGAUCGGGCUCAAGGACCGGUCCGAGGCGGAGACGCAGUACCUUCACUUUGUCCGAGACCAUCUCGACACACUCAUCGUGCUCUUGUUCGACGUGCAGCGCGACGGCAACGUGUUUGCUGACAUCCUUCUGCGUCCCGAGCAGCUCGACGUUCUCGGCUUCUUGCUCGCAGGCGGCGACUCGUUCGUGCAGCAGCGCUAUUACCUCAGCACCAUCUACCCGAAAUGGGUCAACGGCAGCCAAUACACGAGCAAGCUCGCCAAGUGGCUAAAGAAGUACCUCACGCUCAACGACGUCUUGUAUCCGCCGAUUGGGUUUGCCUUGCCGCCGUCGAUGCAUUUUCAACUCCACGGGUCCUUCGACCUUAUGAACGGCAGCGACAUGGACGACUCGGAAGGCGCGAUCCACCUCCAGCGACCGCUCGUGCUGAGCAACGUGGCCAAGUCGACCGUCAUCAAACGCGCCGACGAGAUGACGCCGCGCUCGGACGUGACGAUCUUUGCCUGCCACGACGCGUUCGUUUACAUUUUGGGUCCCAGAGCUACGCACGUGUCGAUCGUGGCGUGUGCCAACUGCAAGAUCGUGCUCGUCCCGAACCACGGCGUGCUCUCGAUCGACCGCUGCGAGAGCGUCAAAGUCACGGGCGUCGCCGCACUGCUUCGCGUCCACAACUGCUUGGAUUCGACCUUCAACGUGUUUACGCCCCGACGCGGCCUCUUCUCGGGCGACAACCGUGGCCUUCUGGUUGGCCCAUACAACUGCAGCUACCCGAUGCUCGCGCACCACUUGAGCGCGAGUGAGUUUGCAUUCGUGCCGCACACCGCGGGCAUGUGGGACAAGUUCCUCAACCUCGCGUCGCCGGAGGACGCCCAUGAGAAGGACGCCAUCGUGCUGCAAUCGCCGAGUCAGUUUAUCGACGUGUGCAUUCCCGUCAAGAUGGAACUCUCGACGCUCGCGUCCACAAGCAAGGCGCCGCCGUUGGCGCUGCCACCACCAUUCGAGGCCGUCGUGCAGCAACUGCACGCCAACGUCGAGAGUCUCCGGGUCCUCCUCGCCCAAGACGACCUCGAGAGCGCUGGGAAGCGCGCGUUGGAGCAGGCGGUCCAAGCCAAGUUCAAGGAGUGGCUCACGUCGUCGGGCCAUGCGCGCGAAGUCCUCGACCUCGUCCAGCUCGAGAAAGCGCGCGCCCACAGCAUGUGA